AUGGCCAGCAUGACCACCAAGAUCAAGCCAUGGCGAUAUUCAGCUGGCCAGGAUCCGUUUGGAGGUCUGGGAAGAUUGUCAGGAGCUUCCUUGCGCACACAGACCGCCCGAGAAAUCGAAAUCAAGGCCAAAGAGAUAGUGGACGCAUGUCAGAGAAACUUCGGAGUCAACGUCAAGUUCACUUACGAGGAUGCUCCCAUUCUCGACGAGACCAGGGCUCACAAAUGUCCGAAUUUCUCUGUCCUCAUCAUCAAGGUGAUCAACAAAGACACUCUAGAUGCUGCCAUUGCUCUUGAGAGUGCCAGUGACCUCCUGGAUAUUCAAAAGGAAAGCCGCGUCCUUGUCCUCAACUUCGCCAAUGCAGAAACUCCAGGAGGAGCUUGGAGGAGCGGAGUCUCGGCACAGGAAGAACACAUCAUGUUCCGCACCACUCUGAGCUAUUAUGGACUUGAUCCGAGUCUUUAUCCGUGGCAAGACAAUGAGGGUAUUUACACCAGCAACGUUCUGGUCCUCCGCGAGAAUGAAACCCGGGGAUUCUCGUGGCUGUGGAUCGACAGACCCGAGUGCCUCCCCUUGAUAUCGGUCAUCAGCGUGGCGGCCGAGCAACGUCCACAGCUCGACUCAACUGGCACCAGGUACGCGACAGAAGAGCAGCGCACACGAACGCAAGCGAGAAUGCGUUGUGUUCUGCGGAUGGCUGCCGACCACGGCCACUCACGACUUGUCCUCGGUGCCUUGGGUUGCGGCGUGUUUGGCCAUCCACCUGCUGAUGUCGCAGAUUGCUGGGCCAACGUUCUCAAAGAAACCGAAUUCAAAGGAUGGUUCGAGUUUAUUGUAUUUGCGGUUCUGGAUCCGAAAUGUGGGCCCAAUCUGAAAGCUUUCCAUGCGGCCCUGCACGAUAUUGAGAUUUAG